AUGGCGACGCUCACCGAGACGAGUUUCGACGCCGCAAAGUUCCCAUUCAAGGGUGCAAGCGUCAAAUUUCAUGAUUUGCCGACCCCAGAAGAGCCGAAUUUCCCCCUACCUCCUCCCUCCGUCAAUCCGACCACCAUCCUAGAUGUUGACAAGGGCACUCCGGAUAGCCAUGUACCCCGAGAUCCACGAUUGAUUCGGUUAACGGGUGUGCAUCCGUUCAAUGUGGAGCCGCCUCUCACAGCAUUGUAUAAAGAAGGUGAUCGGAUUCAUCAUCGAGAGAAAAACAACCCCACGCUGACAUUUACAGGGUUUCUGACCUCGCCUGAGUUAUUUUAUGUCCGAAAUCAUGGGCCCGUACCGCAAGUGCAUGAUGACGAUAUCCCGGACUGGGAGCUGAGCAUUGAAGGACUAGUCGAAAAUCCAUUUGUUCUGAGCUUCCGAGAGAUCCUACAGAAAUAUGACCAGAUCACAGCGCCCAUCACUCUCGUCUGUGCAGGCAACCGACGAAAAGAGCAAAACACAGUCAGAAAAUCCAAGGGAUUCUCAUGGGGCCCAGCAGGAUUAUCAACAGCCCUAUUCACGGGACCCAUGAUGGCAGAUUUGAUACGCUCCGCAAAACCAUUCCGUCGGGCAAAGUAUGUCUGUAUGGAAGGGGCCGAUAAAUUGCCAAAUGGUUUCUAUGGAACAUCGGUGAAACUAAACUGGGCGAUGGAUUAUAACAAGGGGAUCAUGCUAGCCCACAAGAUGAAUGGAGAACCUCUCCGGCCGGACCAUGGACGUCCGUUGCGGGCCGUGGUGCCGGGUCAAAUUGGUGGCCGCAGUGUCAAGUGGCUGAAGAAAUUGAUCAUCACGGAUGCUCCCAGUGACAAUUGGUAUCAUAUCAAUGAUAAUCGCGUAUUGCCGACGAUGGUGUCUCCAGAAAUGUCUGCCCAGGACAGGAAAUGGUGGACAGACGAGCGAUAUGCGAUCUAUGAUCUUAAUGUUAAUUCUGUCGCGGCAUACCCGGAACACGAAGAAGUGUUGGAUCUGGCGACCGCAGGAACAACCUAUACUGCAAGAGGCUAUGCAUAUGCAGGCGGCGGUCGACGGAUCACCCGAGUCGAGAUAUCGCUGGACAAAGGCAAAUCAUGGCGACUCGCCGAUAUCGAAUACGCAGAAGACAAAUAUCGAGAAUGGGAAGGCCACCUCUUUGGCGGCAAAGUCGACAUGUGGCAGCGGGAAACCUGCUUCUGCUGGUCAUUCUGGUCAUUAGACAUACCCAUCUCAGACCUAGAAAAUAGCGAUGCAUUACUCGUUCGGGCCAUGGACGAAGCAUUGACAGCCCAACCGCGCGAUAUGUACUGGUCUGUGUUGGGGAUGAUGAACAACCCCUGGUUCCGCGUGACCAUCACAAAGGAAGGCAAUUCCUUGAAAUUUGAGCACCCCACACAUCCCGCCAAAGCUGGAGGAUGGAUGGAAAAGGCCAAGAAGGCGGGUGGAGACCUGCUCAAUGGUAAUUGGGGCGAGAGGCAUGAAGGCGAAGAGCCUGUGGAGCCGGAGCCUGUACAGAAGAUCAACAUGAAGAAGGAAGGUGUCAAUCGGCAGAUCGAUCUGGAGGAGUUACAGGCCAACCGCCACGCUGAGAAGCCUUGGUUUGUUGUUGAUGGUGAGGUUUAUGAUGGCACUGGAUUCCUCGAGGGCCACCCUGGAGGAGCAAUCAGUAUAACCUCCUCUGCUGGACUCGACGUCACGGAGGAUUUCCAUGCGAUUCACAGCGAAACUGCGAAAAAGAUGAUGCCGGACUACCACAUUGGCACAUUAGAUAAAGCAUCAUUGGAAGCCUUGAACAAUGCUUCUACGACAACCUCCACUGAGCCCCGUCCUCACUUCCUGCAGUCAAGGGCAUGGUCACGCAUGACUUUGAUUGAGAAAAACGACGUGUCAUGGGAUACUCGAAUAUUCGUCUUCCAGCUAGAGCAUGAAAGGCAAACUCUGGGCUUGCCAAUCGGCCAACACCUGAUGAUCAAAGUCCAGGACCCAGAAAAUAAAAAUGAAGCUAUCAUCCGCUCUUACACGCCAAUAUCUGAAACAAACAUGGAAGGACGAAUGGAGCUGCUCGUGAAAAUCUAUUUCCCGACCACAGAUAUCCCCGGCGGGAAGAUGACUAUGGCUCUGGACAAACUUCCUCUCGGGGCUCCAAUUGACUGCAAGGGACCAACAGGCCGAUUCGAGUAUCUCGGCAACGGACGAGUCCUUAUCAGCGGCAAAGAACGGCAUCUUCGUUCUUUCAAGAUGAUUUGCGGUGGAACAGGUAUCACACCUGUUUUCCAAGUCCUACGGGCUGUCAUGCAAGACACGCAAGAUCCCACGAAGUGUGUGGUACUGGAUGGCAAUCGUUUGGAAGAGGAUAUCCUUUGUCGAGCGGAGCUUGAUGCUUAUGUUGCACUGGACCAAGAGAAAUGCACUGUUGUGCAUACCCUGUCCAAGUCAUCCGAUACUUGGCAGGGUCGCCGUGGCCGUAUCUCAGAAGACCUCAUCAAGGAGUUCGCUGCCCCCGAAGAAGCAAGUAUGGUUCUUCUGUGUGGACCUGGAGCGCUGGAGAAGUCUGCGAAGAAGAUUCUUCUUGAGCAGGGCUGGAAGGAGUCGGACUUGCAUUUCUUCUAA